GCAGUGCGCGUGGUGUGUCCGCUGCUGCUGCUGCUACUGCUCGCGUGCGGGGGUACAGCGGCAGGUGCGCACACACACCUUCCAAGCUCCGGGACACUUUUACGCGUUCCAAAACCACGCAAACCUCACGUUGCCUUAUGAUAUUGUCGCGUCUCGUCCAACAAGACUGAAAGUGCCGCUGCGUCUGCUUUUGUUGCAUGGACAAAUGGGCUUUAGCGCGAUGGGAUUGGAGUUGAGGAACACGCGGGAUGUUGUAAGCGAGCGAUACCGGGACAGUUACGCACAACACCGGACGCACUGAGAAAAAAGAGAAAAGAAAAGAACAGCGCGUGGAUCCAGCGGCAGGGUUUCUUCGGUUUCUUCGGAUUAUGGCUCGUGCAGCGGUCUCCCUCAGCCUCUUCACUCUGGUCCUUACAAACUUGCACCUGUCGAGAGCCAACGACCGGCAUGCGGUGUACUGGAACAGCUCAAACCUCCUGCUUCGGAGGGAGGGCUACACGGUGCAGGUCAGCGUCAACGACUACCUGGACAUCUACUGCCCGCAUUACAACAUCAGCCAGCGGGGGACGCUAGAGCGCUCAAUGGCAGAACAGUACAUCCUGUACAUGGUGAGCUACAGAGGGUACCGCACAUGUAACCCCGGGCUCGGCUUCAAACGGUGGGAGUGCAACCGCCCCCACGCCCCCCACGCUCCCAUCAAGUUCUCUGAGAAGUUCCAGCGAUACAGCGCCUUCUCUCUGGGCUACGAGUUCAACGUGGGACAGGAGUACUACUACAUCUCCACGCCCACUCCUCACCACGGCCACAGCUGCCUGAGACUGCGGGUGUACGUCUGCUGCUCCACUGUUUCUCAGUCUGACGAUGACUCCAGUCAGACUUCUCCUGACUACACAGACCGGCCUCACAUCAAAAUACACAACCUCGAUGAAUACAACCCUGAAGUCCCCAAACUGGAGAAGAGCGUGAGCGGCAGCAGUCCAUCCCGGGACCGCCUCCUCCUCACCAUGGCGACGCUGCUGGUGUCCUCACUGCUGUUGUCCUAGCGACCCAUCAGAGGACAGUGGACCCACCCACCGUGUCCUGUAGGAGCUUUGCCCUCACUGCAAAGCCCCAAAAACACACACCGAACUGAAAACUUGAUUUACUAGACUUUCAAAAAGGAGAGGCCUUUUUUGCUAUCAUUCUCAUUGUGUUUUUGGAUUCAUUUUUUCACAACAUUAUAACCACACAACCAUUGUCCGCAAUCAGACUGGCACAGAUUGUCAAAGAGUUGGAUGUAUGUAGACUACACAUUUUUGUAGCAUGAAGAAACGUUGAGAAAUUAGUUUUAAAAAAUGACAUGGGUCUCUUUCAGCGCUGGACUUUAUGAUGGAUUACAUUACACUUUUGGAGCGCGCUGGAUAUUGGAAAUGUCCCAUCUUAUGAAGGUUACCACGGAUACUCCUACAAUCUGUCACUGUUGAGAACUCCUGCCAUUGUCCUGGACACUGAAGAAUGUUUUUAGUCGGCUGUGAAGGGCCAAUUUAGUUACAAGAGGCAAAGGAAAAAUGGAGUCUAAGAUGAUCCUCUUGCGUUUUCAACAAAACAUUAAAAUAAUCUGGUUGCUAUAUGCAGAUGUAAAAGUCAAAGCAAGGAUUCCUGAGUGCUGUUUGCUGAUGCUAGUCUUCUGUCUGCGUUUCCUGCCUUCACAUUAAAAGAAAAAUACAGACAUGACUAGUCAUUUGCUAGCGCUCUUCGCAGUAGAAAUGUUCCGUCUGUGCAGCACUUGGACUACAGCUAAUUUCCAAACACUCAAGUUCCUCUUUUUAGUCCCCAGACAACCCCAGUGUCCAUCUCUUCUCCGCUCUCCAUCCAAUCAGUGCUGAAGGUCAUCACCAUGGCAACGACCCCACACAGUCGCUCCGAGCGGCAGGUGCCUGAGGAGAAAUUAGUGCUUUGAGUUUCGAAGUUACGCUGCCGCAAUUUUGAUUUUGAACAAGAAAAAAAACAAAAAACAAAACAUUUACAAAAAAAAUCAAAUACACGUGUGAAUGUGCAUUGAUCACUUUUUUUAUCUUGUAAUACAAGACUUAAGCUGGCAUUAAUCAAAACACAGAUGUGUGCUUUUUAAGUCAUUUAUUUAAAGAUUUUAUUUUGAUAUUAUUUAUGUAUUUGUUUGUGUACAUUUGUAGGCGUUCACUGAAGCUAUUGUGCCAUUUUUUAUUUUUUUAUUUUAAGUGAAUCUACAGCUACUGUAGAUACAUCAGAGGUAUUUUAGAUGGAAGACAUGAGGUUUGGUCCAAUCAGGGCCAUUGAAAGAGAGAACUGAGUCACUUCUGUCAACCCCAAUGGGACACAAACUUCUAUGGAAUACUUACAAGAUCUUAGCUACAACAUUAGGAACACCCAUGUGGCCCUUUGGAGUUUUAUGAAUUAAAUAAUACUUAUGUUAUAUACAGAUUUAAAUGUUCAUGCCCACGUUGGUAGUAACAGUUUUGAGCGACACAACUCCUUCUUUCAAUGACUUUGUUUGACCAUUUUGGAAAUAAACUAAUUGACCAAGAGAUUGUGACUGUUAAAUAUCACUUGAAUAUUGUAAUGGUGGGAUAUAGACUUUGGUUGAUAAGGAUAAUUUUUGUUUAAUUCACUCUUUAUAUCCGUUCAUUUUAGAAUCAUCACUUUUUCCAGUGUUUACUUUGGUUUAUCAGUGCUUAUACCGUCGCACUGCACCAGACCUUCACAUGACGUCACAGUCCCUUGGUCUUUUACGUUUCUACGGCUCACCCGGUUGCCGUGGUGACCUCCUCUUGUACCUGAGCAAACAGAUUGUGUUGAGCAUGUCCUAAACCAGCAGUGAGCGCACAGACUGACCUGUGAAGAUGGAGGAGCAGCCUUCUUCUAACUGCUCUGACCAAAACCUGCUUUGUAAUGUAUAUUGAUAACAUGAGUGAGCGAGUGAAUGCAUUUUUAGAGUCGAGAGGUGGGUGAUAUAUAUCGUCUAUGAGAAUAGUGAAACCUUAAGAUGCACUGUUUCACUCAGCCCUUCGUUUCAUAACAGGUGAUGUACUUAAAACCCAUCACUGUACACUUUACGAAAAAGUAGUUUGACCAUCGUUAUCUGAGAACAACACUGUAUAAAAUGUAUUUAUAAGGGACUACAUCAUAGAAUAUCUCACUUGAUUGUUGAACUUUGAUAUGGGAACUUUUAAUACAAGCUCUCAUGAUUGCCUAAGUCUAAAAGCUGCCCUCUCUAGAACUAAAAGGGGGGGGAAAAAGCUUUUGGUUAUUUUGCUUUCCAAAAAUGUAAUAUAUUUCAAGGACAUAGGCAAAACUGAAUACAUUGGUGCGACUAAUGCACUUUAAUAAUCUGGUGAUAAACUUUUAUAAUCGCACCUGCACCUGUUUUUAGUGGUUUAAAUGGGUUGUAGUUGUUUUGUUGUUUUGUUUUUUUGUUUUGUUUUUCUGUAUUUUAAACAGGACGCUCAUGGAAAGUAGAGUCACAGUACUCUCAAUGGGCUCUCCCUCUGUGAAUAAAGAUGCAUGAAAAAUGAAUGAAAUUGGUGAUUUGAUCUAGGCUGGGCGAUAUGUUGAGAAAAAUCAAUCCCUUAUUUCGUGAUAUACUGUCAUAUUGUGAUCAAGUGCUGUUCAUUUUAAUGUUACUAUGAUUCAUUUCUUG